GCGGGGGGCCCCUGGCGCCAGGAGCCCUAUAUAAGCCCCCUCGGCGCCGGCGAUCUGCCCUUCUCGCAAGCGGGUAGGUUUGCGCGCGACGAGGAGGAGCAACAGCAGAAGCGCGCUCUCGAAGAUGCCCCGCAGCCCGCCGAAGCGGCUGUUUCUCGUGCUGCUGACCCUCUGCCUGGGGGCAGGGGUCUGGGGCACGCCGCGCCAGAGGGAAAAGGCCAAAAGGCAAACCCAGCAGCACAUCGUCCAACCUGCCGUGCCAGCCGGGCAGAGCAAACAGGGAUGCUUUGACAAUGGACAACACUAUCAGAUCAACCAGCAGUGGGAGCGCAGUUACUUGGGGCGUAUUCUGGUCUGUACCUGCUAUGGGGGCAGCAGAGGAUUCAGCUGUGAAAGCAAGCCUGAGGAGGAAGAAACCUGCUACGACAAGCACACUGGAGGCACCUACCGAGUAGGGGAAACCUAUGAGCGGCCCAAGGACUCCAUGAUCUGGGACUGUACCUGCAUUGGAGCUGGUCGUGGCAGAAUCAGCUGCACAAUUGCAAAUCGUUGCCAUGAAGGAGGUCAGUCCUACAAGAUUGGCAAUACCUGGCGCAGGCCUCAUGAGACAGAUGGCUACAUGUUGGAAUGUGUGUGUCUUGGCAAUGGAAAGGGUGAAUGGACUUGCAAACCAGUAGCUGAACGGUGCUACGAUAAUGCUGCUGGGACAUCCUAUGUCGUUGGAGAGAUCUGGGAGAAGCCCUACCAAGGCUGGAUGAUGGUGGAUUGCACUUGCUUAGGAGAAGGCAAUGGACGCAUUACCUGCAGCUCCAGAAACAGGUGCAAUGAUCAGGACACCAAGACAUCCUACAGAAUUGGAGACACGUGGAGUAAGAAAGACAGCAGAGGAAACCUGCUUCAGUGCAUCUGCACAGGGAAUGGCAGAGGGGAAUGGAAAUGUGAGAGGCAUUCAUCCCUGCAGGCCACAAGCAUAGGAACUGCAUCUGCGACCAUCACAGACAUACGAACCGCACUCUUCCAGCCUCAGCCGCAGCCCGCUCCCUAUGGGCACUGUGUAACUGACAACGGGAUGGUGUAUGCCCCGGGAAUGCAGUGGCUCAAGACACAGGGAAGCCAGCAUAUGCUUUGCACUUGUGUGGGCAAUGGAGUCAGCUGCCAGGAAACGGUGGUGACCCAGUUCUAUGGUGGCAAUUCCAACGGAGAACCUUGUGUCUUUCCAUUCACCUACAAUGACAGAACUUUCUACUCAUGUACUACUGAAGGCCGUACUGAUGGGACACUCUGGUGCAGCACAACCUCAAACUUUGAUAAGGAAGGCAGAUACUCCUUCUGUACAGAACAAAAUGUCUUAGUUCAAACACGUGGUGGUAACUCCAAUGGUGCCCUAUGCCAUUUUCCUUUCCUUUACAACAACCGGAAUUACACUGACUGUACUUCUGAGGGGCGAAGAGAUAACAUGAAGUGGUGUGGAACCACCCCAAAUUAUGAUGCUGAUCAAAAGUUUGGAUUUUGUCCAAUGGCAGCUCAUGAGGAAAUCUGCACAACCAGUGAAGGUGUCAUGUACCGUGUGGGAGAUGAAUGGGACAAGCAGCAUGACAUGGGCCAUAUGAUGAGAUGCACUUGCGUGGGAAAUGGUCGUGGAGAGUGGACCUGCACACCCUAUUCCCAGCUCCGAGACCAGUGCAUAGUCGAUGGGAUAACCUAUGAUGUUAACCAGACCUUCCACAAACGUCAUGAUGAAGGACACAUGCUGAACUGUACGUGCUUUGGCCAUGGCCGAGGAAGCUGGAAAUGUGAUCCUGUGGACCAGUGCCAAGACUCAGAGAGCCACGCCUUUUACCAGAUUGGGGAUUCAUGGGAAAAGCAUGUUCACGGUGUCAGGUACCAGUGCUAUUGUUAUGGCCAUGGCAUUGGAGAAUGGCACUGCCAGCCUUUGAGUACAUACCCAAGUUCCAGUGGUCCUGUCCAAGUAAUUAUCACAGAUGUUCCAAUUCAUCCUGAUUCUCAUCCUGUCCAGUGGGUUGCACCCGAAUCCUCUCACAUUGCCAGUUACAUACUCCGCUGGAAACCAAAAAAAUCCAGGGUGCCAUGGAAAGAGGCCAAAAUCCCAGGCUAUUUGAAUUCUUACACUAUCUCAGGCCUCAGACCUGGUGUACUUUAUGAGGGGCAGCUUAUUAGUGUGCAGCAUUAUGGCCAGAAAGAAGUCACCCGUUUCGAAUUUACCACCUCUAGUACAACUGCUGUUUCAACUAGUCGUGAGGCAGGUGAAACAACUGCUCUACCUUCUGUGGUAUCCAUCUCUGAAUCUAUCACAGAAAUCACGGCCAACAGCUUUGUGGUUUCCUGGGUCUCUGCAUCAGACACCGUGUCAGGAUUCCGUGUGGAAUAUGAACUGAGUGAAGAGGGUGAUGAGCCGAAGUAUCUGGAUCUUCCAAACACUGUCAAUUCUGUAAGCAUCCCCAACCUGCUUCCUGGUCGCAACUACAUAAUCAAAGUCUACCAGAUUUCAGAAGAAGGUGGGGAAAAUCUAAUCCUGUCAACCACCCAGACAACAGCACCUGAUGCCCCUCCUGAACACACUGUAGAAAAUGUUGAUGACACAUCAAUCCUUGUGAGCUGGAGCAGACCAGAAGCUCCCAUUACAGGUUACCGAAUUGUCUAUACUCCCUCUGUGGAGGGCAGCAGUACAGAACUCAACCUGCCCGAGUCUGCGACCUCAGUGACUCUCAGUGACUUGAUGCCUGGGGUUCAGUACAACAUCAGCAUUUAUGCUGUGGAGGAGAACCAGGAGAGCACUCCUAUUUUUAUUCAGCAGAAGACCACAGGAGUGCCCCAGCCAGAUACAAUACCUGCCCCCAAAGAUCUGCAGUUUGUGGAAGUCAGUGAUGUCAAAGUCACCAUCAUGUGGACGCCCCCAGACAGUGCAGUGACCGGCUAUCGCGUAGAAGUAAUUCCAGUUAACCGCCCAGGACAACAUGGGCUGAGGUUGCCUGUUACUAGGUACUCCUUUGCUGAGGUCACAGAUCUUUUGCCUGGAACAACCUAUCUUUUCAAGAUCUAUGCCCUAGGACAAAGCACAGAAAGUGAACCAUUGACUGGAGAGCAAACAACCAGAAUCGAUGGCCCAUCCAACUUGCGGUUUGUCAAUCAGACGGACACCACUGUGCUGGUGACCUGGAAGCCCCCCCGUGCUCGUAUUACAAAUUAUCAACUUAAAGUGGAGCCCACAACAGGAGGACAACCCAAACAGUACAAUGUGGGAGGCUUUGUCACCAAAUACCCAUUGAGAAACCUGCAGCCUGGGACUGAGUACACAGUGUCCUUAGUUGCUGUCAGGGGUAACCAGCAAAGCAACCCAGAAACAGGAAGCUUCAGAACUUUGCAACACACAGGCUCAAUUCCUCACUAUAACACUGAAGUAACUGAGACAUCUAUUGUCAUUACGUGGACACCUGUGCCAAGAAUUGGGUUUAAGCUGGGUGUGCGACCAAGCCAAGGUGGAGAAGCUCCAAGGGAAGUAAUCUCCGAAUCUGGGAGCAUUGUCAUAUCUGGCCUGACUCCUGGUGUGGAAUAUAUCUACAGUAUCUCAGUUCUCACAGAUGGUCAAGAAAGGGAUGCUCCUAUUGUCAAGACAGUAGUUACACCACUGUCACCACCGUCCAACUUACAUCUUGAUUCUAAUCCUGACACGGGAAUCCUCACAGUUUCUUGGGAAAGAAGCACAACUCCAGAUAUCACUGGAUACAGAAUUACGACUGUCCCUACAAAUGGACAGCAAGGAAAUUCUCUUGAGGAAAAUGUCCGUGCGGAGGAAUCCACCUGCAGCUUUGAGCAUCUGAGUCCUGGGGUAGAAUACAACGUCAGUGUUUUUACAGUGAAAGAUGACCAGGAAAGCAUGCCUAUUUUUGAAACCAUUACACAAGAGGUGCCCCAGCUCACUGACUUAAGCUUUGCUGACAUAACCGAUACAAGCAUCGGCCUGAGGUGGACCCCACUAAAUGCUUCUACCAUUAUUGGCUACCGCAUCACGGUAGUUGCAGCAGGAGAAAGUGUCCCCAUUUUUGAAGAUUUUGUGGACUCUUCAGUAGGAUACUACACGGUCACAGGCCUGGAGCCGGGCAUUGAUUAUGAGAUCAGCGUGAUCACACUCAUUAAUGGAGGAGAAAGUGCCCCCACCACGCUGACUCAGCAAACGGCUGUACCUCCACCUACCGAUCUACGUUUUACCAAUGUGGGACCGGACACAAUGAGAGUAACCUGGACUCCGCCAGCAUCCAUUGAACUGACCAACUUCCUAGUUCGUUUCUCACCUGUGAAGAAUGAGGAGGAUGUUGCAGAGCUGUCCCUCUCUCCUUCUGAUAAUGCAGUAGUUUUAACAAAUCUCCUUCCCGGCACUGUGUAUUUGAUCAGGGUCUACAGUGUUUAUGAGCAACAGGAGAGCAAACCUCUGAGUGGAGAGCAGAAAACAGGCCUGGAUUCCCCAACUGGACUGGACUUCUCAGAAAAAACUGCCCACUCUUUCACUGUCCAUUGGAUUGCCCCUCGUGCUCCCAUCACUGGCUACAAAAUACGCCAUUACCUUGAGCAAGGUGGAGGCCGACCCAAAGAGGUCCGUAUUGCUCCAUCUCGCAAUUCCAUCACUCUCACUGACCUGGUGCCUGGUUCAGAGUAUGUGGUUAGCAUUUCUGCAUUCAACGGCAAAGAAGAGAGCUUGCCCUUGGUUGGACAUCAAAGUACAGUGUCCGAUGUCCCAAGAGAUCUCCAUGUCACUGCCACAAGCCCCACUACCCUGGUCAUCGACUGGGAUGCACCAGCAGUCACAGUUAGAUACUACAGGAUCACAUAUGGUGAAACAGGUGGCAGAAGUCCUGUUCAAGAGUUCACUGUUCCUGGACACGUGUCCAGCGCAACCAUCUCUGGACUUAAACCAGGCGCUGACUACACCAUCACUGUAUAUGCAGUCACUGGACGUGGAGAUAGCCCUGCCAGCAGCAAACCAGUCACUGUCAACUACAGAAUGGAAAUUGAUACACCGUCACAGCUACAAGUAACUGACAUCAAGGACAACAGCCUCACUGUGCGGUGGCAUCCUUCCUCCUCCCCAGUUACUGGCUACAGAGUGACAGCUGUUCCUAAGGACGGUCAUGGCCCCACAAAAACCAGAGUGCUGUCAGCAGAGCAGACUGAAGCUACAAUUGAAGGACUGCAACCCACAGUCGAGUAUGUAGUUAGCGUCUAUGCCCAGGGUCAAAAUGGAGAAAGUCAGCCUCUGGUUGAAACAGCUGUUACAAACAUUGAUCGCCCCAAAGGACUGACAUUCACUGAGGUGGAUGUCGAUUCCAUCAAAAUUGCUUGGGAAAGCCCACAGGGGCAAGUCACCAGGUACAGGGUGACCUACUCAACCCCUGAGGAUGGAAUCCACGAGCUAUUCCCUGCUCCAGAUGGUGAAGACGACACUGCGGAGCUGCAUGGCCUCAGGCCUGGUUCUGAGUACACUGUCCGCAUCGUUGCCUUGCACAAUGACUUGGAGAGUCUACCUCUGAUUGGGACCCAGUCCACAGCCAUUCCAUCUCCUACAAAUCUGAAGUUUGCUCAAGUUACUCCAGUCAGCCUGACAGUUACUUGGACUCCACCAAAAGUUCAUCUCACAGGAUACCGAGUCCGAGUGACUCCCAAGGAAAAAAAUGGUCCAAUGAAAGAAAUUAAUCUCUCUCCAGAUAGCACAUCUGCUGUUAUUCCAGGACUAAUGGUGGCAACCAAAUAUGAAGUCAGCGUCUAUGCUCUGAAGGACUCUCUGACCAGUAGACCUGCCCAGGGUGUAGUCAGUACCCUAGAGAAUGUCAGUCCCCCCCGUAGGGCUCGUAUCACAGAUUCGACAGAGAGGACCAUCACACUUAACUGGCGCACCAAGACUGAGACAAUCACUGGCUUCCAGAUUGAUGCUGUCCCAGCAAAUGGUCAGAACCCAGUUCAAAGAACAAUUGGCCCUGAUGCCAGAACAUACACCAUCACUGGCUUGCAACCUGGCACUGACUACAAGAUUUACAUCUACACCCUGAACGACAAUGCUCGCAGCUCCCCAGUAGUGAUUGAUGCUUCCACAGCCAUUGAUGCACCUUCCAACCUGCGUUUCCUCACAACUACAACCGACUCUCUGCUGCUCACUUGGCAGCCUCCACGUGCCAAGAUCACAGGAUAUAUCAUCAAAUAUGAGGAAGCUGGGGGACCCUCUAGAGAGUUACUUCCUCGUCCCCGUCCUGGGACUACUGAGGCUACUCUCACAGGCCUGAAACCAGGAACAGAAUACAUAAUCCACAUAAUUGCUGUAAAAAAUAAUCAGAAGAGUGAGCCAUUGAUUGGAAAGAAACGAACAGAUGAGCUUCCACGGCUGGUCACAAUUCCACACCCUGGCCAAAGCGGGACCCUGGACGUGUCCUCAAGUGCAGAGAACACACCUUACCUCACAAACAACCCAUAUGACAGUGGAAAUGGUAUCCAACUUCCAGGCACAUCUGGUCAGCAGCCUAUCCUGAGCAACCCAGGCCAGCAAGUCAUCGUGGAGGUAUAUGGGUCUCGGACACCAGCAACUCCAGCAACUCCAGCUAGACAAGGACCAAACGUGCAUGAGCAACCCGUCGUGGUGAACCUUAAUCCAGCGCAUAUCCCAGAAGCAGACAGACCUUCUUAUCCUCACACCCUUCGCCCCAUAAGUAACCAUACAAGGCCCCAAGAAGCCCUUUCUCAGACAACCAUCUCGUGGACACCCUAUUCAGAGAGCUCUGAAUAUAUUAUCUCUUGCCAGCCUACUGGCAGUGAUGAAGAACCUACAGAGGUGACCAUUCCUGGCAGAUAUUCUAGCGCUACUCUCACUGGUCUUACUAGAGGUGCUACCUACAACAUCAUAGUAGAAGCCAUUAAAAAUCGGAAAAGACAUAAAAUUCUUGAGGAGACUAUCACAGCAGGCAAUGCUGUGUCUGAAAGGUUGCCCCAACCCACGGAUGACUCCUGCUAUGACACUUUCACUGGCUCUUUCUAUUCUGUUGGGGAUGAAUGGGAAAGGAUGUCUGAAACCGGAUUUAAACUCUGGUGUCAGUGCUUAGGCCUUGGCAGUGGACACUUCAGGUGCGACUCUUCAAAAUGGUGCCAUGACAACGGUGUGAACUAUAAGAUUGGCGAGAAGUGGGACAGGCAGGGAGAGAACGGGCAGAUGAUGAGCUGCACGUGCCUUGGAAAUGGAAAAGGAGAAUUCAAGUGUGAACCUCAUGAAGCGACUUGCUAUGAUGAGGGCAAGACUUACCGAGUUGGAGAGCAGUGGCAGAAAGAAUACCUUGGGGCCAUCUGCUCUUGCACAUGCUAUGGAGGACAACAGGCCUGGCGAUGUGACAACUGCCGUAGGCCUGGUGUGGGAUCUUCACCUGAAAGUUCCCCUGGUCAUACCUAUUCACAGUACUCUGAGAGACAGCGAGAAACCACAAAUACUCAGAACGUCCAUUGUCCAAUUGAGUGCUUCUACCCCUUACAUGUACUGUCAGAUGCACAAAGCCGACGGGGAGAUUAACACGCAUCAAGAUUUAACGUUAGCCAAGAAGACUCUACGUGCCAAGACCAUCCACUCUAGCAUACUGCAGAAAAAAGCAGCUCUCUCUUAGGGUGGCCAGAGUCCCUUUCUCAGCUUUUGCGCAAUUCACAGCUUCUCCAAGGGAGGCCAAUCUUGGAAUGUCUCAAAACUUCUCUUCACAACUGAUAGCUGUAUAUUGUCUGUUUUUGCUCAAGUUUCAGUACCAUUCAGUAUUCCCCCACCCCUACAAGAAACCCCAUACUAACUCAAAUUGCUCACCUGUCAGCAAACAGACAUUGGACCCCAGAGGGAUGGGAGAAAGGGCUCCCCUACCAUAAAAGAAUGAAUGACAAUCCAUAAUUCUAAGUACAUGUAAUUGUGCAGCUGUCAAUAGGAACCACAUACCCCGUCACUGUGAUUCAUACCAUAUGCACAGUCCUAUGCCUUUCUAAAUUAUCCUAAUUUCUCUCCCAAGCGGUAUGUUUGUAUUUCGUACUGUUAUUUAUCAACAUUGAUCUACCUUCCCCUGCUCCCUCCUGCCUCAGUGUUUUUCUACAGGAAAAUAUAUUAAAGACAUUUAGUACACUGUUGACAGAGGAAUUUGGUAUAAUUAUGAUUGGUGAUUAUUUUUUAUACUGUAAGUGCCAAAGCUUUACUACUGUGGGAGACAACUCUUUUAAUAAAAAGAUUAACAAACCA